AUGUUCAAUGCAGCAUCACGGCGCGCCUGCGCCUUCAUUUCGAGGCCAAGAACCCUACAAUGCAACAAAGCUCUCUCUACACACACAGUGUCACCCAGAUGUCAACCUGGAAAAAGUACCAGAUCAUCACUUCAGAGACAAUCGCAACCACCAUCCUCCUUAUUACAAAAUAUCCGUCCUCAAUUCCGACAUCUUAGCUAUGGACAGCGGAUGAAACGCGGCUUGCAGGAAGCUUCAAAAGGAAUCUGGCGCAAGAAUCCUAUCCUCCUCCCACUCGCCAUCAUCUCAGUCGCCGGAGCCACGGCUAUAUUCGCAUAUAUAUCCUACAUCGAGUUGACACGUGUCGGCCCACAGUAUCACAAGUUCCCACCUCCAGUCGCCGAGUCGCUCCGGACGGCUGUAUACUACACUGAAGUUGAUCUCAACCCGGCCAAGGCGCUGAAGGCAUACAAGGAGGCUCUGAGGAAGGCAGUCGAGCUUGGCAUGCAUCCCUUCUCAGAUGAGGUGGUAGGAAUCCAUCUCCAGGUAUCGAUGAUGCUAGAGAAGGCCGGGCUGGCGAAACCCGCCAUCCAGGUUCUCGAACGCACAAAGACCGAGUGCCUAAAGUGGGUGGAAGAAGGUAGAAAGAAGAAGGAUGCACAGAGGCCGGAAGCCGAAGCGGUGACGGAGUCCAUUCAGAUCGACGACCCUGACGCGCUAGUAAUGCAUCAGAAGAUGAAGGAGCUGGACGAGUACGAAGACCGCCAGCGGGACAAGGUCCUAAAGAAAGUUGUCGGCAUCCACAUGAAGCUCGCAGAGCUGUACGCAAGCGACUACAUCCAGGAUGAGAAGAAGGCCGAAGGCUACCAGGAAGCCGCGGUGGAACUGUGUCUGAAAGAGCUUCGCCGCCGCCAGGAGCUCGGACUCCCUGUCGGGAGCGCCUCACAAGACUCCACAGCCUGGCUGAACCUAUCCGAGAUUGCCACUGCACUCACAGAUCUGGGACAGACAUAUCUAAAGCAGGAGAAGAACGAGCUCGCCAUGCCACUCUUGCUGCGCGCGCUGGACCUCCUACGCACAGACGAAGGCAGCACACCCUCCUGCAAGCAGGUGACGCUCCUCGCGAAUGUGUCCACCGCCAUCACGGGUGAACUGCAUAAGAAGACUCCUUCUCGUGGGUCUACUGCCGCACCUCAACAACUCAUCGACUCAGGCAACCAGUGGGCGCAAAAGGCCCUAGACGUUGCUGCUAAUCUGCAGCCUCCUAUCCGCGACGAGGAAUGCGAUGUGUCCUGUAUCGCGGCAAUGUAUAACCUGGGAGAAAUUGCCCAUCUUCAGGGCAAGCGGAAGGAAGCCGAACAGUAUUGGAAGGAGGCCAAGUCUUUGGCUCGCGGGCUGGGACUCGAAGAGAAUGCCGCCCAUGUGGAGGAAGCUCUGGCGCAAUUGACGAAAUGA